AUCGCAAUUUUCAGACUUGACAGUCGACUCGUGUCUUAUUUCUUCGAAGACAUCACUCCAAGCCCGAGUUCACCGGCGAGUUUCAUUGGGAUAACCUGCGAACAGCCUGGAAAAAGGGGAGACAUUCUGAGUGUCCCACAAGAAACGGUUCCGGUAGUCAAUAUUGAAAGAAGCUGUCAUUUUUUUCAACGGAAAGACUUAGACAAUGACAGCUGCCGUCUGAUUUUCUCCGUGAAGUUUAUAGAAAGACAAUUUCCUUCCAACAUUUCAAGAUUACAAGAAAGUUAAACGAUAAUCCUCUGCGAUGGAUUCAAGCGAGAAGAAAGUGACCUUCCCGCUGAUGCUGGCUGUGGGAGCUGCUGUGAUUGGCUCGCUGCAGUUCGGCUACAACACCGGUGUCAUCAAUGCCCCUCAGAAGAUCAUCGAGCAGUUCCUGAACGAGACGUGGUUCGAGCGCUACCAGGAGCCCAUCUCCAAGACCUCCCUCACCACCCUCUGGUCCGUGUCGGUCGCCAUCUUCUCCGUCGGAGGAAUCUUUGGCUCCUUCUCUGUCGGACUGUUCGUCAACCGCUUCGGAAGGAAGAGGUCCAUGCUGAUGGCUAAUUCGCUGGCCUUCAUCUCGGCGACCCUCAUGGGUUUCUCCAAGCUGGGCGGCUCGUGGGAGAUGCUGAUCCUGGGCCGCUUUGUAGUGGGGCUGUACUCUGGCUUAUCCACGGGGUUCGUGCCCAUGUACGUGGGGGAGGUGGCCCCCACUGCCCUGAGGGGGGCCCUGGGCACUCUGCACCAGCUGGGCAUCGUGGUGGGGAUCCUCAUGGCACAGGUGUUUGGUAUGGAGGCCCUGCUGGGGAACGCGGCCCUGUGGCCCUUCCUGCUGGGCUUCACCUUCCUGCCUGCGGUGCUGCAGUGCAUCCUGCUGCCCUUCUGCCCAGAGAGCCCCCGCUACCUGCUCAUCAACAAGAACGAGGAGAGCAAGGCCAAGACCGCUCUGAAGAAGCUGAGAGGGACGUCUGACGUUGGCGCGGCGAUGCAGGAGAUGAAGGAGGAGAGCCGUCAGAUGAUGAGGGAGAAGAAGGUGACCAUCCCGGAGCUGUUCCGCUCCCCUCUGUACCGCCAGCCCAUCCUCAUCGCCAUCAUGCUGCAGCUCUCCCAGCAGCUGUCCGGCAUCAACGCUGUGUUCUAUUACUCCACCAGCAUCUUUGAGAAAGCGGGCGUGGCCCAGCCGGUCUACGCCACCAUCGGCGCCGGCGUGGUCAACACGGCCUUCACAGUGGUCUCGCUGUUUGUGGUGGAGCGGGCAGGGCGCAGGUCGCUCCACCUGCUGGGGCUGAUGGGGAUGGCCGGCUCUGCUGUCCUCAUGACCAUCGCUCUGGCUCUGCUGGACCAGCUGCCCUGGAUGUCGUACAUCAGCAUCGUUGCGAUCUUCGGCUUUGUGGCGUUCUUCGAGAUCGGCCCCGGGCCCAUCCCCUGGUUCAUCGUGGCUGAGCUGUUCUCCCAGGGGCCGCGGCCCUCGGCCUUCGCUGUGGCCGGCUUCUCCAACUGGACCGCCAACUUCAUAGUGGGCAUGUGCUUCCAGUAUGUGCUGGAUCUGUGUGGCCCCUACGUGUUCGUCAUCUUCACAGUGCUCCUGCUAUGCUUCUUCGUCUUCACCUACUUCAAGGUCCCAGAGACCAAGGGCCGCACCUUCGACCAGAUCUCCUCCGGCUUCCGCCAGUCGGCCGGCGGCGGGGAAAAACACUCCCCCGAUGAGCUCAACAGCCUUGGGGCCGACUCCCCGCUCUGAGCCUCCCCCCUCCGCUAUCUCCCCCCAUCACCUCUCCCCCUCCGCCUCAAGGAGAGCCGGGGGAGGGGUAAGAGAGGCCCUCCUCUCUACUGACUGAUGUAACUACUGACGCUUUUAUGUCCUCUACACCUGAUGCCCCCCAGCCCCCCUCCCUCCUGACGCCCCCACAGCACAGAUGAAGUGUGCACUAGGACCUGGCAGACCAGGGGGGAGUGGUGGUUCAGGGGGGAGGAGCCUAGAGCAGCUGGGGUACACAUGGUUCUUUUUUCAAAGAAAACAAGAUAUUAACCAAGAUUGAUUGAUUGUUUUUUGGAGGGGUCAGCAACCAUUUUUUUCAUGGAAAUGCUUGAUGUUCCUUCCCCCUUCCUGUGUUACUGUGUCUGUUUAGUCUGCAGCGUCUGCUGCCGAGAAUGAAGUUCAGCAGGGUUCUCUGUGUCCUGCUCUGAGAGGACCAAGACUGUCUCUCCUCAACACCAUCUCUGGUUGCCCUGAAUCAUGCCGUACACCGUGUCAUCUGACGCUUGUGUCAUGUGACGCUUGUGUCAUGUGACGCUUGUGUCAUGUGACGCUCGAGUCAUGUAACGUUCGUGUCAUGUGACGGUCAGUUAAAGAGAAAACGCAACAUAGUCCUUCCUGAGGUAAACAUGAUCAAGUACUUCCUGAGGUAAACAUGAUCAAGUCCUUCCUGAGGUAAACAUGAUCAAGUACUUCCUGAGGUAAACAUGAUCAAGUACUUCCUGAGGUAAACAUGAUCAAGUACUUCCUGAGGUAAACAUGAUCAAGUACUUCCUGAGGUAAACAUGAUCAAGUACUUCCUGAGGUAAACAUGAUCAAGUACUUCCUGAGGUAAACAUGAUCAAGUCCUUCCUGAGGUAAACAUGAUCAAGUACUUCCUGGGGUAAACAUGAUCAAGUCCUUCCUGAGGUAAACAUGAUCGAAAGAUGGCCAUAACAUCAGGAGGAAUUAGAUUUGAUAGUGGCGAACAUUCUAACAUGUCACGCUGUUGUUAGCUAGCUAGUGAAAGAAUAGGUGUGUUCGACUUCAUGCAGCGCCGAGGCUAAGUCACUGUGACGUAGCCAUCAAAGUACCGUGAGAUCGAUUCGAGAACUGCCGGCUGUGUAGUCGAGUGCAUUUUCUGGAGAGCAACUGCACGGGGUCUAAUGACGACACCGAAAAAAUAACGUUUAGUUGAGUUUUGAUUGUAUCUGUUUUUAAUUCCUCCCCGACUGCAAGCGGCAACUCUCGCCGGUCGUUUCAUGCAGCCGCAGACGAUGUCGAACACACCUGUUCUUAGCUCUGUGCUGCUUACGUAUGCACUCAUCAUAUUUGGUUUUACAAAAAGAAAAAAGAAUGAAUAAUGUUACAAAAACAAAAGCUGUUGUUGGAAAUGUUUUGGCAUAUUCUGUUAAAUAGGGCCAGGGAUGUGAUCUAAAAGAGUUGAAAAUACAUUUUAUAUUUCAGCUCAACAUUAACGUCAGACUGACAUAUAUAUGUAAAAUCUGAAUCAGAUUCACAAAGCCAGCAUGUAUUAUUGGCAAAAGUGUCUAAAAUUCUAUGACUCCUGAAAGGGUUUCCUGACCAGCGAUCAACCAGGAAGCAGUAUGAGAUGUUACCAGGCAUGUGCUUCACAUGUCUCCCUGUAUGAAGCUCACAUCACAUGUUAGUAAGAGGCCGUCAUGGUCCUGUUCCCACGGUUACAGGUCGCAUCAAACAGGGACCAAAAUGACUCUCUGCCUUAACAGAGCCUUCCUCUGUUUUAUUCCUCCUGAAAGUGCUUCCUCCACCCUCUAGGGGUCAGCGUUCCUCUGCCCCCAGCCCCGGCCUGCCUUGCCUUGUGGGGUUUGUACUGUAAAGGCCAGUUCACAUGGCUCCAUCAACGUCCAACAAACACCAAACAUUAUACUGCUGGCUUUAGAAUGUUUGGAAACAUAACUGUCAUUUUCACACUGCCCUAACAAACACCAAUAGGGGUAUCACACCAAUACAACCCACACCUGCUGGCUGUUGGUGUUUGUUUGUUAGUGUUUGUUUCAGCUGUGUCAACUGGCCUUAACACCCCAGAGCCUUCUUUGAAUUCUCGACAACAUUCUCUUUGUUGGAAGAUGUCACUUCUAAUCUCAGAGUUGCCUUACAACAGUCACAUUUCAAGACUUGACUCAAACAUGGCCGAAGUAUUUCUCAGUGACCUGGCCAGUCAGAGCUUGUGUGCGGCUGCUCUGGUCGUCUUCACAGAGGGUAAACACAACUGCUGCCUGCACCAACUCUGUCCUCAUGCCCUAGUUACUGUCUGACUGCUCUGUCCUCAUGCACUAGUUACUGUAUGACUGCUGUGUCUUCCGCUUUGACAAACCACCUCUUCUUUGAGACACGUUUUUUUUACUUGUUGAGUUGAAAAAAAGAAUUUUGCUGCACUUUAUCCUUAACAAGGCUGGUUGUUACAUCUCUGAAGAUCCUGUGGCAUGUGGACAGGGCCUCUUAGCUGUAUCACCCAGUAGUUACAGAGACACUGAUGACAGCUACCGCAAUAACACACCCUGUCUGACGCCGCUGGGCCCACAUGCACAGCCAGGAACACACCUGAGGGAACUGGAGGGUUAGGGUACACAGCCCAGUGCAAUCUAAACUGUUCCAUGACACAUUGUGUGUGAUGGCUCUGUUCACAUGCCUGUCCAUGAUUGUGUGUGUGCACGAGUGUGUAUGUGCAUGUUUUUCUGUGUGUGCGAGGGAUGUGUGUGUGACUGAUGUGUGUUCACACGGCUGUGUGUGUGUGAGACCGAUGUGUUCGCGCAGUGGACUGUGGACUCUGUAUGGAAAGCACUGCAUCCUGGUCCCUUGUUCGUUCAGGAUGACCAGUGAGUUACUGUCCAACAUCCACAUGAGAAGAUGUGACUCUGAGAUGGACAGCAGGGGGACGUUCUUACAGACAGAGAUACGUGACAACGUGUCUGGUGUUAAUGUCAUCACACUCAUCACUGUUUAGAAAUCACUGUUCGCCUUUGAACACGAGAAACAUAUCAACGCACACCAUCACCUGAUCUACUGUUAAUAUUAGAUGAUAGCGGACCGAAAUGUAUAAACUACUUUGUAGAGAUGAAUAUUACUAGUAUUUUAUGUUCUAUGUCUAUUACAGAUAUAGUAAACCAGCCUACCUACUUUUUUCUCCGAUUUCUUUUGCUAUCUGGAGAUAUAUAUUGAAAAUAAAAUUUUAAAAACUAACACAAUCUUACUUCAGCGUGGCAUCGGACUGUUGAAGGAUAACUUUUGUAUUUAUUAGAUUAUUAUUAACUGUAAAUUAUUAGUUGUUUUUAUUUUUCCUCCAAAUUUAGUACAAGUGUGCAUGUAACUCGUGGAAGCGCCUUUCCACCAGGGAGAGAAUUCAUGCGCGAAGUCUGAAAGUGCCGUUGUUUUGUUUUUCCUUUUUUUCUAUGCUCACACGUGUUUGAUCAGAUGUGUAAAUCAAUAAAAAAAUUCAGGCACA